UUUCCUCAGGCGAAGCCUCCGUUGUCCUCCUGGUCUCUCUCUCUGUGGCAUCUCUCCCUCCCUCACGUGUUGCUGGAGGGAGCCCCCUCCUCCCCCACCCCGGCUGAAGAGGGCGCGCGCGCGCGCUCUAGAACGUCCCAGCUGCCCUCAACGGCCGGUCAGCGACCGGUUUCUGGGCUGGCCACUCGGGACUCCGUCAGGCGCGCUUAGUCCUUCCUUUUGCCGAGGCGAGGAGGAGUCUCGGGGCGAGGGACCGGUGUACUCCACUGCCGCCGCCGCCGCCUCCUUCCUCGGCCAGCCGGGCGGGAGGAUGAAGAAGAUCUUCGGGUUCGGGAAGAAAAGGGAGAGGCAGCAGUCUCCCUCCCGGCCAGCGUCAGGCGGGGCGACUGCCUCCCCCAGCGGCGGCGAGGGCGGCAGCCUCAGCGGAGGAGGCUAUGAGGUGUGGAGGAGCAAGGACCUGGGCAAGCUGCACCGGGCAGCAGCCACCGGGGACCUGAAGAAACUCCAGCAGCUCGUCAGGAAGCACGACCUCAACCAGCUGGAUAAAGCCAACAGAACACCUUUACAUCUUGCCUGUGCCAGUGGAUAUACAGAUAUUGUUAUGUUCUUGGUAGACAACAGGUGCAAACUAAAUCUUUGUGAUGAUGACGGCAAGUCUCCGCUAAUGAAGGCUGUGCAGUGUCAGCAGGAAUUAUGUGCAACUUACCUACUAGAACAUGGAGCAGACACUAAUCUUGUGGAUGCAAAUGGUAACACUGCUCUCCACCUUGCUGCAUUUAAUGCUAGCAUAUCUAUCGCACAACGACUGAUUAAACACAAUACCCGCGUUGAUGUACAGAAUAAGGAUGGGAGCACACCUCUUACUAUUGCUAUAACUGAAGACAAUCAAGUAAUGGCAGAGUUUCUUCUUAAAAAUGGAGCAGAUAUACAUUUCAGAGAUAAUGCAGGAAGAACACCUCUACUCACUGCUGCCUCUCAUGGAAAACACAAUUUAGUAAAACUACUUUUUCUACAUGGAGCAGAUGCUUCCCAUAAAGAUUGCAAUGGAUGGUCAGCAGAGGAUUAUGCUGUAAAUAGUGGAGAUCCUAGUCUUAGUCAGAAAAUUGCUGAAUAUGCCAAUUGCAGAAGUGCAGAAAAGUCCUCUACUGGCAGUAAAAAAGACUUGUCUGUAUUUAACAGUCCAGAUAAAGCUGGAGAUGCUGGUUUUACAUUGGGUGCAGCUGCUACAAAUAAAGAAGUUGUAGAUGACCAUUCUUCUGAUGAUUCCAUAAGGGGUUCUGGAAGAACAGAUGAUAGCUGGUGUUCUUCAGAGGGGGAAGAAUUAGACUUCAGCCCUAAGAAACUACAGAAACCAAGUUUGGCUCAGCUAAUGAAUGUUUCACAGCAGCUCAAGAAAAUUAUAGAUGAGAAAAGUAGCAUAAUCAGAACAGAACGUAUAGCCAGAUCACAGCAAAAUAAAUCAGAUUGUGAAGCUGAAGAUGUCAGUGAAUCCCUUCCUUUGUCCCAAGUUAAAUCCUUCCCUCAUCCUGUCCGUUCCUCACCUGGCUCCUUCUCAAAAUGUUCCCAGAUGACUUCCCACUUGGGCUUUAAGGAGGACUCUUCUGAAGAAGAUGAGGAAAAAGGAGACAGAGAAGAGAAAAUGAGGAACAUUUUGAAUAAAAAAUUGAAAAAAUACGAUAGCAAGGCUCAGAAUCUCUUGAAGGAUGACAUCAUUAGAAAGGCUGCAUUGGCAUCAGAAGCAGAUGAAGAAGAGGAUGAUAAAGAUACAGAAUCUCCAUGGGAUUCAGAGUGUAUUUCAGAAAGUCCCAGAAAGCCAAGUGUUGGUUUCUUGCCUACAUCUCCUUCUGAAGUCAGAUCACAUAUGCACAGUAUUUCAGAAGAACCCCGUAAUGGGAAAUCGGAUGACUUGCCGCCAAAGACCACUGAAGCAAAUGUGGAUCAUGUUGGUUCUUAUACUCCUCUUGUAAUGGGGACAGAGACCAGAGAAAAGCAAAAAUCAGAUUUAAUGGAAAAACUUGGUUUAGGUGAUGCUGAUAAUAUUGAAGAUGAAUCGGACUGGGAUUCUACAAGUGUUUCACUUAAGAGUGUACCCUCUGGUAAACCCUUUAACAUCUUGAUACUGGAAGACCAUGAAUCUCCACUACAAUUAAGAACAAGUGAUGCUGCAACCAAAACAUCUGAAGUUUUUCCUGUGGGACCAGAAGAAUUGCCUGGGUCUCAAGUAAUAAUUGCUUCAGAAGAUGGAAUCGCUCGCAUCCAUGCCGAUUUGGACACCAGGAUUUUGGCAGUUCCAGGAGACGUGCCUCAGCAACCAUCUGGUCCGAUUGUGAUAAAUUCUUCUCAGUUAAUACAACCUGAAGAAGUGGAAAAGAUCCCAGGCAGUGUACAGGCAGAAACAUGCGCUCUGGACCCUUGCCCUUCAUGGCUAGUAAAAUCUGCCAGGGAAGGAAAAGGGCAGCAGAGUAAUGAAGAAGCAAUCAAGGAAACUGAAAGUGAUGAAAAUGAGAUCUACGGAACAGUGGGUGUUAACGAUUUUGAUGACAUAACUCAGUCUUCUGAAACAGCUACAGAGGAUGUUGAGCUGCUUUCUUCAGUCUUCAGAGACGCCAUGAUACUGAUAGAACAGCUUAGUUUGGAUAAAAAAGAUUCUGCAAGUCUUCUGCAAUUUCAAAAUAUACUUCAUGGAUAUGAGCGCUUAAUUGAACAUGAAAAGGAACGUUAUACUCAGCUUCUAGAAAAAGUUAAAAAAAGAGAGAGUGAGAAGAGAAAACAGCAGAGACUAUUAAAAGAAAUGGGAGGAAUGAAAUGUGUGCCGGGACAUCCAAAAGCAGAAUGGGAAAGGGGUAUCAGUAGUCUCAAGUUUCCUUUGAAACAAGAGGAAGAAAAGAGGACGAGUACUGAAAUGUAUGAGAAGAAGCAAGAACAGUCAAGGAAAAAAGAGAAACAAUACUGUAAAGAGAUGGAGGAAAAACAGCAACUUGAGUUAAUGCUGAGAAGUCUGGAAAUGGAGUUGAGAACACUGAAAUACCACCUGGAAGAGGUUGAAGAAGAACACAGAGAAACACAGCAACAGCUGGCUCAAGAACAGAAUGCCAGAGCUUUGCAAGAGGGUAUUUUGAAUACAUAUCUCUGGAAGCGGAAGGAAAUGGAAGAAGAAUCUAAAAAAAUAGUGUCUAAAAGCUCAGAGAUGGCUGAUAAUCAUGACCAAGAAAAGGAGCUGUGGCACAAAAAUAAAAUACUCCAAAAUGAGCUUUCUGUAUUAAAAUUAGAACUUGACCACUUAAGAGUUCGGCAUCAGGAAGAAGAAGCCAACUAUUUAGAAGAAAAUGAAAUUUUAAGAGAAAAGGUGGAAGAACUUAAGAGGGAUCAGAAAUUAAAUGAAGAAGCUUUGUCUCAAACAGUCGCUCAAUACAGUGGACAAUUAAAUGCAUCAAAAGCAGAGUGUGCCAUGCUAAUCUCUAAAUUAGAGUUUGUUAAAGAAAAUAAGGAAAGACUGGAAGUAGAACUUGAUUCCUUUCGUUCCCGUUUAAGUUCUUCCACUCAGGAACUUGAACAGUGCCAGCUUUCGAGAACUGAUCUUGAGCGAAUGCUGCAACGAGAGCACAAUGACUGGCUUCACUUAAAAGACAAAUUGAAUCACGAUCUGUGUAAUCUACAGGAGACCAACAAUGCCAUGUCUCAACAGUUAAGUAAAGCUGAAAGUAAAGGUAAUAGCUUAGAAAGUGAACUUCACCAUGUAACACACGCACUCAGAGAAAAGAAUUUACUGUUAGAAAGUAUUCAAAGGGAUCUGAGUCAGGCACAGUGUCAAGUGAAAGAACUUGAAAAUGCACGACAAGUUGAAAAUGAUCAAAUAAACAAAUAUGUUGUAAAACAGGACUCUUUGCAAGAACGAUUGGCACACCUCCAAAGUGAAAAUAUUUUACUUCGACAGCAAUUUGAAGAUCUUCAAAACAAGGGCAUCAUCAAAGAAAAAGUAGUGACUGAUGUCCAAGAUAAAUUUAAUGACAUUCUUAGUGAACUUAGAGCUGAUUUUGAAAAGCAAGUGCAGCUUAUGGAAGAGAGAAAUAAGGAAUUAGUCACCAAAUGUAAUUAUUUAAGAGAGCAAAUCUUUAAAUAUGAAGCAGAAAAAGCAGAAAGAGAGGGUGCAUUAAGACAAUUGCAGCAGGAACUUGCUGAUUCUCUUAAAAACCAGUCCAUGUCAGAAGCUUCUCUUGAGGUUACAACACGCUACCGUAGUGACCUAGAAGACGAUAAACGACAGCUUCAAAAGGAAAUAGACCGGAUAAAAUCUAAGCUGCAAGAAUCAGAAGAACAAUACAUUCAGUCUAAAAGACAUAUUCAUGAUUUAAGAAGUGCUUUGAAUGCUAAGGAACAUGAAACAAGUGUGGAAUGUCAGAAGUUGCAAGACCUGCUUGUAGUUUCAUCAGAAAGAAAUAAUACUAUAAAACAGUUGGAGGAGCAUAUACAGAGACUUGAAGUAGAAAAUGCCAGAUUGGAAGCGACAACUAAACAACAAACCGGUAGAAUUGAGAUACUUCAGAAAGACUUGCAAGAUAGCGUCUCUGUUCAUCAUCAUCUUGAGGAAUUGAUAACAAGUUUACAAACAUCAAAUAUCAAUUUAGAGGAGCAACUAAGUCACCAGGUGCAAAAGCAAAAUAUGCUUUCUGAAAAUGCACAAGAUAUUCACAGUGUGUUGGAAGAACAACUGAAAUCAAGAUCGAAGCUUGGAAUUCGUGUUUCUGAGCUGGAGACAGAAAAACUGGAGCUGAUGUCUCAUCUUGAGGAUGAAAGAAAACACGUGAAGAAAUUACUAGAGUUAAAGCAAUCAGUGGAGAUGCAGCUAGAUCAAGAAACAAUGAGAAACAAUGAAUUACAAAAAGAAUGUAUUGGAACUAAGAAGCUUUUAAAAGCAGCUGAAAAGAAACUGAAAGAUAGCGAGAAUGGAGAGUGUUCAUCUCAAACGAGAUUUCAAGAAGUUAAAAAAAGAUACGUGGACACUCAAGUUGAAAAAUUAAGAACAAAGGUCAACAAGCUUUCUCACCAGCUGGACCUUAAGUCAACAAGAUGUGCUCAGUUGGAAUCUACAAAUCACGAUCUACAAGAACAGUUAUCUUCUCUGAAGUUAGUUCACAAGAGUAAUGAAAAACUGAAGAAACGCAAUCAGCAGCUGGAAGAAGAAGUAGCUAACCUCCAACGUUACCUACAGGGUAAUUUGAUAGAGCAUCGCCAAAUAGAAAACUAUAAAAGUGACAUUGAAGUGCGAGCUAGACAAAAUGUAAGAAAAAAACUGGAAGAAGUGAAUAUGUUUUUGCAGACACAGGCAGCCUCACAUGAAGUGUUAGAACAGAUAAGAGCAUCUAAUAAUGCUACUGUAAGAAAUCAGCUAGAGCACAGAAUUAGAGAACUGGAAUUGGAGCUGGCCAGAGAGAAAAGCAGUAAGCAACACAAUCUCUUUCGAGAGUCCAACCAUACUGAAUUGGAACAAUAUAAAGCUCUGUACUCAGAAGAGCAAAAAAUGAGGAAGUUUUUAGGACGCAAAUUAGAUCGAGCUAAUGAGAGACUAGCAGAAGCCAACGCAAAGAUCCUUUAUGAGCGUCAGAGGAGCAGGUCUUUAUUUGCCAGUAGCUUUGUGAGUGGAAGCCUUUCUGCAAGUCCAGUCUUGGGAACAGUGCAGCUUGGAAAUCUUGGCAGCAAUGUAGCAUUAAACAGAACUCCUAGCCUGGGAAGAGGGUUCAUCAGCCCAACUGCAAAUGCAUUACCCUCAAAAAAUAGAGCAGAAGCUUACUUGGCAAAGUAUUUUUCAGCAGGAACUAGUGUGUUGUUUGGAGAGAAGAGGGGUGUGAACAUGCAAUCUUCUAUACAGGGAGGAAUGCAAACACAGCUAGAAAAAAACAUAACCAAGGAACUAGACCAAGCUACUGCAGAACUUGAUGAAACAUCUGUUAGAGUCUCACCUCUAGGAUCGAUUGAUGAAUCUUCAAAAACCUAAAUGUGGGACAAGAUCAAGUGUGCAGUGCCGUUGUAUCUUUUAAAGAAAAAUUAAUUCGUUAUUGUUGAAAUUAUUUAAAAUGGUAUUACCUGUAUUUAAAUUUAAACCCUUUAUUUAAUAAAUUGGUUUUUAAAAGUUGAUCAUCUUCAACUCUGGGCUCCUUGGAGGAAGAGCGGAAUAUAAAUGUAAAUAAAUAGGUAGAUGGAUGGAUGGAUGGAUGGAUGAA